AUUUGUUUAGCACAUGGUUUUUCACUGGAGUCUUUUAAGUGGCCUUGUUCUCAUGAUAUAAACAUUCAGUUUUGAAAAAAUGGAUGAAGAGGACGUUGUUCGUGUGGAUGGGAGGUUUGUUCCCUUGCACCAACUAUUAGACUUUAUUGAAGGCAAUGAUGAUGCGAUACCAAACACUGGAGUAGAUAUAACCUUACUACCACCAACAAAUGCAACAGCUGAUAUGACGGAUGAAGACUCUGGAGAGGAAGAUAAUGUUGAGAUAGACAAUGUCCCUCCAAGCCAAGUGAAUGCUCCUGCUUUGCUUGAAGUAGUAAACAUACCUUUUGAUGAGCAGAAAUCAAAUAUUUGUGAAAAUGAAAAUACAGAGGAACUUUCAAAAAACUGUACCAUAAGAAGCAACAGAUUUGGUAAAGGAUGUCCCAUCUCAGAAUCAAAAACUGUGAAGAAGAAACCCAGAGGAUCUAUGGAGUAUGCUAGUGACCACGACAGUGGGCUUUUUACAGAGCGGAUCAGAAUAUAUCACUGUACCGAGUUUUCCAUUCGAGGUAAGAAGUGGUACUUUCCUCUCAUUGCCCAUCUCUUGGAUGUUUCCGUACAAAAUGCAUGGCAGCUACACAGGCAAGAUGGCGGAAAACUCGACCAACUUGCAUUUAGAAGAAGAAUAGUGUUGGCAGUGUUGGAGGGAAACAAACGAGUUGUUUCUGGAAGGGGACGUCCAUCUACCUCUUCUAAAAUUGACUCCAGAUAUGACAGGAUUGACCAUAUUGUAUCUGACAUAGAGAAUGACCCACGCACAGGAAAAAAAGAAACAGUUGCAUUGCCGUUUAUGCCACAAAAAGGCAACUACAAAGUGCAUGAAAUGCGAAGUUCCACUCCAUGUGACAUGCUUUUUGCACUAUCAUACGAAAUAAAUGUUCUUUUUACAAGUGUGUCUUUUUUUAAAGCUUGUAAAACAAAGUGCUAAUUUAAAAAUCAUAUUGUAUUUUUUAGUUGUGAAUGUUACUUGUAUUCGGCUGACAUCCUUCCAGAAGGAAGGCUAUUUUUAAGAAAUAUAGAGUUUCGAAAAAGGUAAAAA